UUUUGCGCACUAGGUCGAAAACGAAUGUCGCCUGUGUUAGCUGUGAGCUGGUGCUGUCAUUGUUAUUUACAUUUUGGAUCCGUAAUUGAUGAAUUCACAGUGACAUGAUGGAGUCAGGCUUCGAAUGGCCGUGGCAGUAUUCUUUCCCGCCAUUUUUCACGAUCCAACCAAAUACAGACACACGUACUAAACAGUUAGAGGACUGGUGUUCCUUGCUGCUUCAGUAUUGUAAAUAUCACUCCAUCUACAAAAUAGAUAUCGGUGAUGCCCAGAGCAGCUCUCUUUUCUGGAACAAAGCAAUUAACAGACGGCUGCAGACUGAGGGCAUUAAUUCAAUUAUGGAGCGUCUGAAAGAUCAAGGUAACCUUGAAUGGGAAGAUUCCAAAACGAAAAACAGAUGCUUCGUUUACUGGAGAACGCCAGAAGAGUGGGCUGAUGUCAUUAAUGCUUGGGUGAAAACUAAUGGUUUGGAUGACACAGUCUGCACCCUUUAUGAACUAACUAGUGAAGAAGGAGUCGGAAAUGACGAAUUCAAAGGAAUCGACAUGUUUGUUCUGAAAAAAGCACUGCAGGUAUUAGAGAGAAGAGGAAAAGCACAACUCAUCGUUGGGGAUGAUACAAUGGAAGAAGGAGUGAAAUUUUUUUCCUAAGGGUUUUCUCAGUUUCAAUGGUAGUAAGCUUUUUAAUUCAUUAAAUGACUCGACAGUUUUGCCAACAACUUUGUUUACCCUAUUGUGAAGUAAUCGGUACGAUCUGAAAGUAAA